UGCUAAACCCAGAGGCGCAACAUCGCGAGAAUUCCGAGAACGCUUGCGAAACAGACAAUCGACCAGGCAGGGGUUUGUGGUUUAAAUAGUCAAUGAGAGAAGUGAAAUCUAAAGGCACAAUGUAGAUUCGAGGCAAUGUCUUAAGUAGUUGAACAUGUUAUUACUCCAACCUCGUGAAAGUGACAAACGGACACGUUUUCAUUUUCGUCAAAAAAACAACUUUAAGGAGUGCAUUUGAUUUUGACGGCCUGCAUAUGCGCAUUUCGGCGCGAGACGACCGUUCGAGCCUAUGGCGUUUUCUAGCAUGAGUUUCGCUAGCAACGUCGCCAUGACAUCGCCUACAAGUGUGAUCGUGGAUUUCUAUUGGAGAAGCAGUUUUAGCCUUUCUUCAUACUGUACUGGUUUUGACCGCAGUGUGUUGUGACUGGACAGAGAAUAUGACACCUGUUGGCCAGGCAGACACAGACAGUUGGCAGCAAGUAGGCCUUAAUAGCAGUAGGCCUAAAUCGUCUGGACCUAUUAAAAAAGGUCGAACUUGCAAAAUGGCUAGACAUGACAAACUGUACACAUGGAUGCGGUAUUUGAUGUUGCUGCUUUGUGUGAUACUUGUUAUAAGUGGCUUUGUGCUGCUGGGACUUGGCGCAUGGAUUAGAUAUGGAGCAGCUACGUUUGUGGAUGUCCUGGGCCCCUACUCGUCUCAGCUCAUCUACAUCAGCUACAUCUGUAUUGGUAUGGGCUCAGUGCUGUCUUUCACGGGUCUCAUCGGCUGCUGUGGGGCUUGGAAAGAGAACCGCUUCUUUAUCAUGCUGUUUUUCUUCAUCGUGACAAUGCUAUUUGUUGCUGAAAUCAUUGGGACUAUUUUUGUCUUGACGUACCGGAAUCUGGUUAGCUUAGUGGUACGUGAUGCAAGCAAGAAUUCCCUGAUGACUGUCUAUAUGGGCCCAGCGGCAACAGACCCAAUCUCAACAGCAUGGAACACAGUCAUGGUCAAGUUCAAAUGCUGUGGUUUUGAGAACUCGACUGUAGAUUUCAAGGGCUCUGUGUUCAGUACAACCACGGGUUUGAACUACCCUAAGACUUGCUGCGUGAACAAGACCCUUGCAGACUGUGACGGUAUCACCAUCACUCCAAGUCUGAUCCAACCACAGAGCUGCUUUGGUAAGGUCAUCACAGUGAUCAGAGAGCAGAGUGUCAUCCUGGGAUCAGCAGCUGGCUGCAUAUGUAUGAUGGAGUUAUCCUCCAUGAUUCUUGCCAUGGUUUUGUUUGUGAAGUUGGGGCUCAUGAGGCAUCCAUGGUGAAGCCAAAGGGUCCAUUCACACCUGGAGGACACCAACAACCCCCACAGGCAACAAUAAAGUUCUGCUAAAUGAUAAAAGUUUGUGUGUUUUCCUUAGUUGAAAUUGUAUCUGUUAUUUUGGUUAUAUAAAAAAUGUAAUAUAUUAUUUUUAAAGCUAUGUACUUUGUUUUCACUGGGAAGGGGAAACCUAGUCAGUUGUACAACUGAAUUCAUUCAACUGAAAUGGGUCUUCUUCAUUUAACUCAACCCCUCUGAAUCAGAGAGGUGCGGGGGGCUGCCUUAAUUGAUGUCAUCGGCACCCAGGGAGCAGAAUGUUGGGGGUUAACUGCCUUGCUCAAGGGCAAAAAUGAAGAUUUUUACACUUUGCCAGCUCAGGGAUUCGAACCAGUGACCUUUCAGUUACUGGCCCAAUGCUCUUAACUGCUCGGCUACAUGCUGCCCCAAUGUUAUGUUCAAUUCCAACAGAAUGUGUAAUCUGCAAUCGUCUCAGUUUAAUUUUAGUGCUCACAAAUAUGACAACAGCACCCUCAUGUGAAAUUAUUAAUUAGUGAAGUGUAGAGAGAAGACAUUUUUAAGGUGACUUGAUAUGCAAUAGCUGCUUCUAUUUAAACAAAAUAGCUGAUUGAUGUAGAUCUAUUUUUUUUGCUUUGAUUAUGUUUUAUUUAUCUAUGCAUCUAUUGCCACUAUUGUUCAAAAGGUGUAGAAUAUGUCUUAUUCAAAAAGUUACACUUGAAGGCCACAUCUAAAAUCCCUGUGUUUACAGGACUGUCUUUCCACAUCACAAGGGAUUUUGUGUAUGACUUUGGCUUCCUCAUGCUUAAUCAAUCUUUAUUGGAAGGAGACCAACAACAUGUACUAAACAGGCAAACAUCACAUUACAGUUAACAAAAACAGAUUACCGACCAUGUCGAAUCCCACCGUACCUUCUCCGCUAUG